AUGUCCCUCGUCCUCUCGCCCGAGGAUCAAAAUAGCGGUUUCUUUUCGUCCCCCUCGCCAGGAGGUGGAGGCCACAAUGCGACGGCAUCGUCCCCAGACCACGCAGGCGGAUUCGGCAUGACAACUAGCGGAGUUAUUCCUGCUCCCGAUGGUCAUCUCGCGCAAGGACAAGGCGGAACCAGCUACACCGAGGAGCAGCUUGCGGCGCAACAGUACAUAUGCAUUGCAAAUAUGUCUGGGUCUGGAAACUUGCGAUGCAAGGAAGGGAAUAGCGAGCUCGCUGUAAUUAUACACUGCCAACCAUGACAAGUUUUUUCCUGGUUCUAAAUUGCGUACUCCGCAUGAGACGCUGCGUUUCCGCAUGACAAGCGAGAGGAGCUCCAUGCAGCCACGCAACACAGAGUCCAGUGUCAUUCCAGACUAGCAUGACAAGCCUCGCAAUCUCCCAGAUCCAGACAUAUUUGCAUUUGAUAGUACAUCGAGGAACACGACCUGGAAGAGCUCCUGGCCGGUUUAGUGAAUCACAUUCUAGCGCUUCGGCCCGGUAGUUCUUCGGCAACUAGAAGUACUUCUUUGAAAAACACGGUGGACACAGAACCGCAGGCCCUGCAGGCCGCUGCGCAGAAUGUGCAUGAGCAUGACAAAUUCACCCCCGCCAUCGCCGGCAUUCUGUACUUGGCGCAGCGGGUGGACAGUCACGAGUUGCUGAAGAAACACGGAAUAUCCAGGAGUGCAAAAGUAUCGUAUUCGUUUUCGUACUAGUUGCAGCAAUCACGCAUGACAUUUCUUCCUUGUUUACCCAAAACUGCAUCACAAAUUCUUGCAUUUUCAUCUUUUGAGAAGAUUUGUCAUGCACCUGAAGCUGUUACUAGUACGAUCGGUGGAUCUUCCUUUUGCAAUGCAUACGGAAUCACGAUUGACAAUGAGUUGGUGAACGCAUUCCGCUUGCCGAGGGAGGCGGAGAGGGAGAGAGAAGCGAAGGCGAGGGAAAGAGGUAUGGAAUCCGGAUCAUGUUUCCUGCAUGACAAUUGGCAAAAGUAAUCUUCUUUCAGCAUGACAGAUUGCACCUCAUCAAACUAACCAAUAGCAAUAUCGAAAAAACACCUCCGCCCAGCCCUCACCGAACCGUUCGCGGAUACCGUGUAUCAAACGAAAAAGUGUUAACCUUAACUGUUUUUACAGUUGACAGCCAUGCAUUACAAAUUUUGCCUGCCAUGCAUGCUACGCAAUACAAAUUUGCGCACUUUUUCUGAUGCAUCACUGCAUCACAAAUUCCGGUAACUUGGUUAACAUUUUUUCUUGUGACACCGUGUGGGAAAAGCUCAUCGCCCCGGCUCUGCGAGCAGGACAGUCUCUGCAAGCGGUUUUUGAGGAGAGCAAUGGUGUCAUUGGGGAAUCUACAACGAGCAGCGACAUGCUGUUGAACUUGAACACUGGUGGAAAUAAUAUUAAAACGUCAACCUCUGGAGCCGCGACAAUGAUUGGUGCUGGAGCGAACAAUAUUUUGAAAUCCACGAAGUUUUUCACCUGGCUGACCGAAGCGUUGCUGGAUUUCACGAAAGGUGGUGCGACUAGUGUGGUUCUUCAUCCGGACGGCGAUGAAGGUGCUGGCCAACAACAAAAGUUGUCGUCAGGCAAGAAACACAGUGACCACUACCAGCUAGAGCAGCUGCCCCAGGUAACACUCGAUGAAGUCGCCGUCUACAGGAUUAGCCUACUUGCGGAGAAAGAGCCGGACGUGGUUUUUGAUUGCAAAGACGAAGAGGAGAAGACUUUUUUGGACUUCUUGCUGGAUUACGACCCAACAUCCUCUACCGAUAAAAACACUGCAACAAAAAAUAAUUCCAAGGAGAAACAAAACACCAAUUUGGUACUGGCCGCUGCAAAAGCGGCUGCGAAUUGGAUUAAAAACAACAAUUCCUCGGUGCUGGCGAAUAGAACGAAGAAGCCGGUCGGAGGGACGAGUAAGGAAAAGUGAGCAGGAGGCUGUACCCUAUUGUGAAGAUCGACAUGGAGUAGACUGGAGUGCUAUCGUGGUCUCUUUGUCUGAAUAAAAACCAGCACACACAAGGUCACGAAAUUCUUGCACGCCCAAACCUCCGAGUACAAAAGUAUAACAAUUCGGAAAUGUGCCCACUUCUGUCGGAAAUUGAUUCCACCACGAGGACAUGCGGCGUAUACUAAACGCUGGUAGACCACUGGG